AGCAAGAGCCAAUUACCUUAUCCUAUCCUCCUUCCCCCUCCCUCCUUGUUUCCUAAUUUCAUGCGUCUUCAUCUCCUCCUACUACUGCGUUACCUUAUCCUAUCCUCCCUCCCCCAUUUCUUCUUAUUCUUAUUAUUAUUAUAACUUAUAAUAUCUAUCUCAUCCUCUCACUCACACACUCUUUCUCCUCCUACCUCUUCUGCAUUCAUUCUAUUCCCCUGCUUCUCUUUAUUCCAUCCAUCAAUAAAUUCUACUUCAAUUAAGUUGCGUUACUCCAUUAAUUCGAUUGCUUGGUUAUUCGUCGGGUGUCGUUGAAUCGCUGAAUUGGUAAUUCGGAUGGCUCCGAAAGCUAGCAAAGGAAAACCACAUAAACCAAAGGGAGAGAAGAAGAAGAAGGAAGAGAAAGUAUUACCGACGGUUAUAGAAAUUGGUGUGGAAACGCCUGAAGAAUCUCAAGUGACGUUGAAGGGAAUAUCAACGGACAAGAUCUUAGAUGUUCGGAAGCUUUUAGCAGUCCAUGUGGAAGCGUGUCACUUGACCAACUAUUCUUUGUCACACGAGGUGCGUGGACCAAGGCUAAAAGAUACCGUCGAAAUCGCCUCUCUAAAACCGUGCCACUUAACCGUCGUCGAAGAAAAUUACACCGACGAUCUCGCCGUCGCACACGUCAGGCGGUUACUGGAUAUCGUCGCCUGCACCACCGCGUUCGGCGGUUCAACCACCACUCCAAAGGCCACCGCCACCAGUAAACCGGCGGCGAACAAAUCUGGUUCGAGCGAUGAAGAGUCCGGUCAAGAGAAGAAGUCGAAAACGGAAGGUGUUAUCGGUUCCGAUUCGUCGGAGAAAGGAGAUCCGAUGGCGGAGAUCUAUCCGCCGCCGCGGCUCGGACAGUUUUAUGAUUUCUUCUCAUUCUCUCAUCUUACGCCUCCGAUUCAGUAUAUUAGGAGAUCUGCUCGUCCUUUCCUUGAAGAUAAAACGGAUGAUGAUUUCUUUCAAAUUGAUGUACGUGUUUGUAGCGGGAAGCCUAUGACAAUUGUUGCGUCUAGAAAAGGAUUUUAUCCUGCUGGAAAGCGAAAUUUAUGUAGUCAUUCUUUAGUUGGUCUAUUGCAGCAGAUAAGUAGGACCUUUGAUAGUGCAUACAAAGCUCUCAUGAAAGCGUUCAUCGAGCACAAUAAAUUUGGAAACCUUCCUUACGGUUUUCGAGCAAACACAUGGGCCGUACCGCCAGUUGUUGCCGACAACCCAUCUCUUUUUCCACCACUUCCCGUAGAAGACGAAAACUGGGGCGGAAACGGUGGUGGACAAGGACGAGACGGUAAACACGAUCACAGACCAUGGGCAAAAGAGUUUGCCAUUUUAGCCGCAAUGCCUUGUAAAACUCAAGAAGAACGACAAAUUAGGGACAGAAAAGCGUUUCUACUUCACUGCCUGUUUGUUGACGUUUCGGUUUUAAAAGCAGUGUCCGCCAUUAAGAAUCUUGCAGAGAGUAGCAACCGUUGUUCAUCUGAUUCCGCUGAUUCAAUUUUACAUGAGGAGAGAGUUGGAGAUUUGGUUAUUAGAGUUACGAGAGAUGUGGCGGAUGCAAGCACGAAGAUUGACGGUAAAAACGACGGGAGUCGUGUUCUUGGAUUGUCACAUGAGGAACUUGCUAAACGAAACUUGCUUAAAGGUGUAACCGCAGACGAGAGCGCAACCGUUCAUGAUACUUCUACUCUAGGUAUAGUGGUUGUUAGACAUUGUGGUUAUACGGCGGUUGUUAAAGUUGAAGCCGAGGUAAACUGGGAUGGAAAACCGAUCCCUCAGGAUAUCGACAUCGAGGACCAACCCGAAGGAGGUGCGGGUGCUUUGAAUGUCAACAGUUUGAGAAUGCUAUUACACAAGUCAUCCACGUCAUCACCAUCCGGUUCCGAUGAUUUACACUCCGCUAAGGUCUUGGUCAACAAAGUAUUGUCGGAAAGUUUGCAGAAAAUGGAGGAAGAAGAAUCUAAAAACACGAAAUCUAUCAGAUGGGAGCUUGGAGCAUGUUGGGUGCAACAUUUACAGAACCAAGCUUCCGGGAAAUCCGAUUCUAAAAGCGCAGCCGAAGCUAAGUCCGAACCAGCGGUCAAGGGUCUCGGUAAGGGAUUGCUGAAGGAAAUUAAGAAAAAGUCGGAUGAUAAAAGCGGUAAACUUGAACAAGAGGUUAAUAAAUCAGAUGAUAGUGGCAACAAAGAGUUGGAUGAAGAAAAGGAAACAAUGUGGCGAAGUUUGCUUUCUGAAGCAGCGUAUUCGCAACUUAAAGAAUCAGAUACUGGUCUCCACCUUAAGACACCUGAUGAGUUGAUUGAGAUGGCACAUAAGUACUAUGACGAUACCGCACUCCCGAAGCUGGUUGCUGAUUUUGGAUCUCUUGAACUUUCACCUGUCGAUGGGCGAACACUGACCGAUUUCAUGCACACACGAGGUUUGCAGAUGUGCUCUUUGGGCCGAGUGGUUGAACUUGCAGACAAGCUCCCUCACGUUCAAUCACUAUGUAUACACGAAAUGGUUGUUCGAUCUUACAAGCAUAUCUUGCAAGCAGUUGUAGCUGCAGUCGAUAACGUUUCCGAUCUAGCUGGAUCAAUAGCAUCAUGCUUAAAUCUAUUGCUAGGAACACCCGUUGCUAAUGACGAUGACUUAAAAUGGAAGUGGGUUGAAUGCUUCUUGUCCAAAAGAUUCGCAUACCAGUUGAAAAACGAAAGUCGUACCGAUCUGCGUAAGUUUUCCAUUCUUCGAGGACUUUGCCACAAGGUUGGUCUUGAGCUUGUUCCGAAGGACUAUGAUAUGGAUUCGGCAUCUCCUUUCACAAAGGCGGAUAUUAUUAGCAUGGUUCCUAUAUAUAAGCAUGUUGCAUGCUCCUCGGCCGAUGGACGUACACUUUUGGAGUCGUCUAAAACAUCGUUGGAUAAAGGCAAACUAGAGGACGCGGUCAACUACGGAACCAAGGCACUCUCAAAACUUGUGUCUGUUUGCGGUCCAUAUCAUCGGAUGACAGCUGGAGCGUAUAGUCUUUUGGCUGUGGUGCUCUAUCAUACCGGAGAUUUUAAUCAGGCUACCAUUUAUCAGCAAAAAGCUUUGGAUAUUAACGAGAGAGAACUGGGACUUGAUCAUCCCGAUACAAUGAAGAGUUAUGGUGACCUGGCAGUUUUCUACUACCGUCUCCAACACACAGAACUAGCUUUGAAGUAUGUGAAUCGUGCACUGUAUCUUUUGCAUUUAACAUGCGGGCCGUCUCAUCCAAAUACUGCGGCUACUUACAUCAACGUAGCAAUGAUGGAAGAAGGGUUAGGAAAUGUCCAUGUUGCCCUUAGGUACCUUCAUGAGGCUCUUAAGUGUAAUCAAAGGCUACUUGGAGCUGAUCACAUACAAACUGCUGCUAGCUAUCAUGCCAUAGCGAUUGCUCUGUCGUUAAUGGAAGCGUACUCAUUGAGUGUUCAGCAUGAGCAGACGACUUUGCAGAUAUUGCAAGCUAAACUUGGACCUGAAGAUCUUCGUACCCAAGACGCAGCUGCAUGGCUUGAAUACUUCGAGUCAAAGGCUCUGGAGCAACAAGAAGCUGCAAGAAAUGGUACCCCGAAGCCUGAUGCAUCUAUAUCUAGCAAAGGCCAUUUGAGUGUAUCGGAUUUGUUGGAUUAUAUAGCCCCAGAUGCGGAUAUGAAAGCACGAGAAGCUCAAAAGAAACAAGCUCGCGCAAAGCUGCUUAAAGCAAAGCCAGGACAAAAUGAGGAAUUUGUAACCGAAGAGCUUCAACGGGAUGAAGUAUCAUCACCGGAACCUCCUGUCCCUGAGAUCAAAUCUGAACCACCGAUCAAAUCCGAAAGCAAAACCGACGCAGCUGAUACAAAACCGGAUGUGAUUCAACCUGAGCUGCAGAACCAAACGGAACAAUUUGCCGACGUUGCUGACGUGGACAACUCAGAUGAAGGAUGGCAAGAAGCUUUUUCUAAAGCGGCCCGUAAAUCUUCAAGUUCCCGAAAGCCAAAUCUCGCAAAAAUAAAUACAAAUUUCACGAACGUUUCUCAGUCGGCAAAAUACCGACCAAAGUCCACUAAUUUCACAUCACCGAGAACAAACGCUACCGAAUCUGUUGCUUCCACCGGACCGCAACCUACGAAGAAGUUUGUUAAAAGUCAAAGCUUCAGUCCAAAACCAACCAAUCCUUCUAACGCGAAUCCAACUUCCGGGCCAAACCCAAAGUCAAGCCCGUCUAGCCCGGGUUUAAACGAUCAAGUUGUGAAGCGUUCUCCUGUUUUAAGCUCGAUCAGCGUUAAAGAAGCGGGAAAACAUUUUUCCUACAAGGAAGUUGCGUUAGCUGCACCGGGUACCAUCGUAAAGGCCGUAGCUGAAAAAUUACCAAAAGACCCUUCUGCUGUGACCGUGGUUGAGACCGAAAAAGAACCUGAAACCGCAGACGUUGAAAAGCUUGAUAAAGAAGUCAUUCAGGCUUCAGAAGAUGAUCAUAAAAACACCAUUGCUGAAAAGAAGGAAGAAACAGAAGUUGUUGAAGAACCCGAGCCUGAAAAACCCGUACCUGAAACGCCUUUACCCGAAAGUCCGGAACCUGAGGCAGUGUUGAAAUUAGCGGUAACUGAAAUUCCCAAUGACGCGAAGAAUGCAGACAAUGAUGAAAAAGAUGAACCGAAAGAAGUGGCUGUGGAAAAAUCACCGACUGACGGAGAAAACGGGAAAGAGAAUACGAAGAAGCUUUCUGCAGCUGCGCCACCGUUCAAUCCAUCUAACGUUCCGGUUUUUGGGUCACUUCCAAUAGCAUUAAAAGAUCAUGGAGGAAUACUACCGCCACCCGUAAGCGUACCGACAAUGGUCACGGUCAACCCAGCCCGUCGCUCUCCGCACCAGUCAGCAACAGCGAGGGUUCCAUACGGUCCACGGCUUUCUGGUGCGUACAACCGAUCUGCAAACCGGGUCCCUCGUAACAAGCCCACGUUUGAACAUGUGGUGGACGGAACCGGAAGUCAUCUCAGCCCGCCGAAAAUCAUGAACCCGCAUGCGGCUGAGUUUGUUCCUGGUCAACCGUGGGUUCAUAAUGGUUAUCUGGUUUCACCCGAAGGAUAUCCACUCUCUCCGAAUGGGUAUCCGCUCGCCAUCAACGGGUUCCCAGCUGGUCAAACCGGGUACCCUGCAUCCCCGGUUGACUCAGUUGUUUCACCAGUUAGCUCAGUAGAAUCUCCAUCUCCAUCACCAAUUGCUAAUGAAACUGGUACUGAAAUAGACGAAAACAACGGGUCAAAUGCGGAAACUGCUGGUCAAAGUCAAACUCAAUCUGUUACAGAAGAAAAUUCUGCUGAUAAUGUUGUUGAAUCGGCUGAAACCGUUGCUGAAACGAAUGUGGUGGAUGAGGAACCGGUUAAGCGUUGGGGCGAUUACAGUGAUGGUGAACCUGAAGUUGUCGAGGUUGCGAGUUAAAAGGGUAAUAUUGUAACUUCAUUUUUCCUGGGUGAAAUGGUUUAUAGCUCAGAGGCGUUUGGUUUGCGGAAAACUAAUGCUGUAUCAUCAGAAGCUUGAGUUGGGGGAUGUGAAAAACCGAUUUUGCCCCUUCACCAUACUGCCAGCAAACGUUCGGGUAAGUGAUCGACGAGCUUCGGAUAUUUGUUUUGUUAACUGAGUGAAAUUCGAUGACACGAAUUUGUUUAUUUAUUCGGAUAUUUUUUUUAUUUUUCAUGCUUUCUUUGGAAGAAACUGAUCUUGUUUUAUAUAGUUCUUGAAUAGGCUUUCUUUAUCACUAUGCACACAGUCAACAUGGUUGUAUUUUGGUUUAUGGGAAUAACAUAUUUUAUAUAUGUUGCUAGCAUGCCAAUAGGAAAUAAAUAAGAUUUUUUUUUUUUUUU